AUAAUAAAAGGUGACAACUUUCUCUUCCAUUGAUGUGUAAACGAAUAGUCGAAUACGAAUUCGUUUCUCUUAAUGUAUUAGGGAAUCGAUUUCUCUUGCUUUUUAUGAAACCGGAUAUUUCAGGCUGCGAAUAGAUUAUUUUAACAAUGGUGUUGAUAUGUGAAUGUCGAAACCAGAUUUUGUGUAACGUUUUCGAUUUUGUUGCUUUUAAUGGAAGAAUCUGAAUCCUGAGGGUGUGAUUUGGGUUUUGGGGGAAUAUUCACUUUGUGGGGUCUUUUUGUUUGUGAAUCUAGUAUAUUGAAUUAUUGUCGGAAUUAGAAAUCUUUUUUAAUUCUCUAGGAUUCGUUUUCUACUCUUUCAAAUGUGGUCAUUCUAGUGUAAAUGUUUUUCCUUUUCGUCUUCUAACACUUUUUUCUAGUUUGCACAAUCAAAAAGACGUUACCUUUGCUCAUUAAGGGACUUGUUUGAUUUUUGGGUUUAACAGGUUUUUGGCUGUGAAGAAGAUGUUUCUCCACAGCAGUUUUAGAGAUGGAUUGUCAUUGUCUCUUGGUAUCAUCAGUGUUAUCAGUUGGGGUGUUGCUGAGAUACCUCAGAUUAUGACUAAUUACAGUGAGAAAUCCACUGAAGGUCUCUCUAUUACCUUCUUAACAACGUGGAUGAUUGGGGAUAUCUUCAAUCUUCUUGGCUGCUUGAUGGAACCAGCUACUCUUCCAACACAAUUCUACAUGGCACUGUUGUAUACAGUGACUACAUCAGUUCUCUAUGUUCAAUCUAUAUAUUACGGCCAUAUCUACCCGCGGUUGAAAAACAGAAGAGAUCAGAUGGUUGAAGCAGAACGUAUAUCAAACAUAAUCAGCGAUGUUAAAAUUCCGGGCAGAUGGAGAAAUAGCUCUGAUACUACUACUUGUGGUGGUCAAACCACACCUAUCACUAUGAUUCCUGGGAGUCAACGAACUAGUUUUACCGGAAGAGAACUAUUUUACACGUCGGCAAGAUCUUUGUCGAGUAGUCAUACACCACCAGCUGGAUCUGUCUUAGCUCAGAGAAUGGCUCGUGGUUACAGUGAACCAACUCUUGAAGAGCCCUUGCUUCCUGAGGAUGUCACGCAUCCUUCCACCAAAUCAUUGCUUUGCGUGGUCUCGGUGUUCUUGUUUCUUGGAACAUUCAACCUUCCCAAUUUGCUAAGUGAAUCAAGAACUAUGGCUUUGGGUGAGGGAGAUAGAGUAUUUGUAGUUCGAGCAGCAAGAAAGCUUUUGCAGGUCACUAGCAGCAACGUAGCAGAACAUAGCGGUGGAGAAAGCAGCAGAAUUGGAAUGUUUUUGGGUUGGGCAAUGGCAGCCAUAUACAUGGGUGGAAGGCUUCCCCAAAUAUGUCUCAAUAUGAGGAGAGGGCAUGUUGAGGGAUUGAAUCCAUUGAUGUUCUUCUUUGCAUUAGUUGGCAAUAUGACUUAUGUUGCAAGCAUACUCGUGAACAGUGUCGAAUGGUUAAAACUUGCACCGAAUCUACCAUGGCUUGUUGAUGCAGGAGGAUGUGUUGUGCUUGAUUUUCUUAUUCUGCUUCAGUUUUUCCACUUCCGCUGUCGCAAAGACAAAGAUACUGACAAGAAGAAGCAUGAAACCGCAGAAGCUGUCUAAGGCUUGUGACUACUUCAACAAGGCGUCAAAGAGAUACAAUUUUGAUUUGAUCUGACCAGCAAGAUUCAUCUCAUUCUAAUUAGUUCUUUCUUUAAUCGGAUUGAGUUUUCAAUUUUUGUGCUGAUGAAACUACUCUUGGAUUUUGAGUUUUAAUAAUAUAAAGUUGUUUCAACUCCUUAGAUAUGAAUGACUUGCCCC